GCGGAUAUUGUAUUCGUGAGCCGGGAUUAUCAGGCUCAAGCAAUGGCCACCGACGAAAUCAGCGUUUCUCGCGGGGAUCUGGUCGAACUGAUAAGUUCAAAAGCUUCCGAAAAAUCAAGAUGCUUUGUUAGAAUGUUUGAUAGUGGUGAUUCCCCCAAAGAAGGCUGGGUGCCCAUUGAAAUUUUAGAAUUUAAUCCCACUAUGAGUAGCUCGUCAAAUGGCAAAGAAAGUGGAGAUGCGGAAUUUAGAAAAAUGACUAUUCUCAGGGAGCUGGUGGAAACUGAGGAGGAAUUCUCCAGGGAUCUGCUUCAUGUGGUUGAGAAAUAUAUAAAGGGUAUCGACAAGCCGGUGGUGCCAAGAUCUGUUCGGGAUAAUAAGGAUAUAAUAUUCUGCAAUUUCCUACAAAUCGCCGAGUUUCACAAUAACGUAUUGAAGGAAGGCCUAAAAUGCUAUAGUAACCAACCGAAUAUGGUGGCCAAAACCUUUCUGCGCUUGGAAAGGGACUUUGACAAGCAUGUGGUCUAUUGCCAGAAUGAACCUUUGGCGCAGGAUUACUUGACCUCAAGUCCCGAUGCCAAGAAGUACUUCCAAGAACUUUCAAAACAGCUUGGAGACGACAAAUCUCUUUCAGAACAUCUUAAACUCCCCAUCCAGAGAAUAAACGACUAUCAACUUUUGUUCAAGGACUUUAUUAAGUACUCGCUAAGCUUGAAAGAGAACGUUAAAGACUUGGACAGGGCCUUAGAGUUAAUGCUUAGUGUGCCCAGUAGAGCGUACGACAAUAGGUUUCUUUCCAGCAUCGAGGGCUGUCGGGGUAACAUCUACAAGUUGGGGCGCCUGCUCCUCCACGACUGGUGCAACGUGCUCGAUAAGGAGGGCAAGUCGCACGAUCGCUACUGCUUCCUGUUCAAGUCGCGCAUUUUGGUGACCAAGGUCCGAAAGAUAUCCGAGAACAGAUCCGUAUUUAUAUUGCAAAACAUCGUCAAGCUUCCACUCUGCAACAUUGAGCACAAAGCCGACGAGAAACAAAUCCAGUUGAGUCUGAAAACACCAGAGGCCAACUCAUUCUUGCCCAUAAUCAUUAGGCCCCAUGGCCAAGAGUCGUCUCACUUGACCUGGUUCAACGAGAUCUCCAGCCACAUCAACCAGGACGUCACUUUGCAGGAGCACAAUGCCGAUGACCUGAAGGUCGAUUCAUCCCAAAUCGCCUCCGAGAGUGAGCUAAUCCUCCAUCUUCCGCAACGGGCCGAGGCCCACGAUCCGAAUCUCAGUGUCCGACCCUCUGACGUGGCCGAGAACUUCUUCCUGAGCAAGGAGACCAAGGAGCGUCUCCAGCACGAACAGCAGGAGCUGCUGAAGCUGGAGCAGGAGGCCAUAGAGCUGUACAAGAAACAGCAGUCUUCCAAGUCGUCAUCCACAAAGACCGAAUCGGUCCAGAUCACAACUAGCUCCCAGGUUAAAACUAGCUCGGAAGUUCGUAAGGUGGUAUCUCCUCCACCUCCUCCACCACAGUCUACAGUAAAGGAAGUAACUCCAGUGAAGGUAGUUACACCUCCACCUCCGCCAAAAGAGAUAACUCCUGUGAAGGUAGCUACUCCUCCACCAAAAGAGAUUACUCCCGUGAAGGUAAAAACUCCUGUGAAGGUAGCUACUCCUCCACCACAGCCUCAAGUGGUUGCUCCUCCUGCAAAGGACGCUACUCCUCCGCAACCUCCUCUCAAGGAAGUCCAAAAAGUAGAGCCAGCUUCACAUUCCAAGGAAGUCGAAGCUCCAGUCGCGCCAGUUAAGCUCCAAGAAACUGUAACCGAAACCAGGUCAACCGCUGUAGUCGAAUCAAGCCAAUCUAGUCAGAUUCAGGAGGAGAUAUUAGUCACUGAAGAGAUCUCCUUAGCUGGUAAGCAAGCCGAAGAACCCCAGCGAGAACCGUCACCAUAUUCGAUUCCAAUGAUCCAAGUUUACCGACCCGUAGAAAGCGAUAACCAAGUUGUGGUAACCAAGCACAAGCCCAUCGAGCUGAAAGACAUUGUUGGCUAUAGCGAGUCUCUCCGGGACGGCGAUACUGUUCCUUCCGGAGGGGGAUCGCAGGGUCGCCAGCAGGGCUACACCGCCAAUAUAACCGAUCACGCUUCACUAACCAUCUGGAAUAACCGGCUAGCUAACAUCGCCGGCGAUCGCAGUGGGGCUAACCAGUAUCUGCAGCAAUCUGGUCCUCCGCCGCCGCCCAUUCCUCCGAACUUUACGCGCAUGCCCGGCUUCUUCCAACCGCUUCCACUAAUCGCUUACGAGACCACCAUUGAGAUACUAAUUGUCAAGGCACGCCCCCCACCGCCGCCCCCGCCGCCGCCCACUAUCAAGCGGGUUCUAGUCCAUACUGAGAGUCUAGAGCAGAAGACCCAGAACUUCUUCGAGGGCAUCUACGAUGCCGCCUCGUCGGAUACAUCGCUUCGCAAUGCCAAGCAGAAGAUUCGCAGCAUCAAGAACACGGUCCUGAAGUCAAAGGACUCGACCAAUUAUGCCCAAGACACUGUACAGAAGGCCAAGGCCCGCGAUUUCUUGCACAUUUUCACCCCGCCCGUUAAGAAACGACCCAUUUACGAGAUCGUUGAGGAGCCCGUUAAUAUCUUUGAGCUUGAAGGCGAAUAUACUGAGUCUAUUGCUGACGAUUUCAGAGAGCCAAGUGCCGAUUUUGAAGCCAGGGGCCAAAGCGUCGGUGGUAUGGAUGAUUAUUAUUCUGCUGGCUACUCAAGGGCUUCAACACGUCGCUAUGAAUCCAAAUCUCGGGACUACGACCGGGGGACCUCCUACGAUAGCACCGUAGAGCGAUCGCAGUAUGGCAUAAGUUCCAGGCGGGAUCGGAGUUCCGUUGACAAGGUCGAAGCCAGAUCUUCUCUUUUGGCCACUGGACGUACAGAAAGUCGUGCUGCAAGUCGUGCCGAAAGCCGUGCCGAAAGUCGUGCCUCCUAUUCGGUUGCAGAAUCGCGUGCCGGAAUCCGGUCAUCAUCUCGUCUUCAAGAGGAUCGACCCCUUCGCUCCGUCGACAAGCCCGUGGUGGUCAAGAUGCUGAAGAGCGUUCAAGUGGACCCUGGAGAGACCGCGCAUUUCGAGAUCCAAUUCAAGGAUCAACCUGGAUUGGUUACCUGGCUGAAGGACAACAAGCCUCUGGAAGAUCGCUUGGCUGACAGAAUCACCCAAACCGCUGCUCCAAUGAAUUCUUACCGAUUGGACAUCAAGAACUGCAGUGAGACUGAUGCAGGAACCUAUACCAUUCGGGCCCAGUCUGCAUCAGAAACGACAACUGUUUCGGCUCAGCUCGCUGUUGGCCAAGCUCCUGGACAUGAUGAGACGAAGACCAAUACCGAGCCAGCUUUCCUGGUUAGCCUGAAAGAUGCCGAGAUGAUCGAGAACACUCUCUUCCGUUUCAUGAUCAAGAUCAAAGGGGAUCCCAAGCCCAGGGUGAAAUUCUACAAGGACGAAAAGGAAAUACUGGAGACCAAUGAUAGGAUCCAAAUUAUUCGAGACAAGGACUAUCUGGGUUUCUAUGAGCUGGUAAUUGCCGAUGUCCAGAAGACCGACAGUGGAACCUACUCGUGCAAGGCCACGAACAAGUUCGGUGAAGCUACUUGCGAAGCUGUAGCCACCACAGUGGAGGAUAGAAAUCCAUUUGGAGCCCUGAGCGGACAAAUUCUGCCAGCUGGCGAGAAGCCAGUUUUCCAAUGGAAGCGAAAUGGUGAGGAGUUCGAUCCCGAGGAACGCUUCAAGGUGCUCUUCGGCGAGGAUGAGGACUCCUUGGCUCUGGUCUUCCAGCACGUGAAGCCCGAGGAUGCGGGCAUCUACACCUGCGUGGCUCAGACCUCAACCGGCAACAUCUCGUGCAGUGCCGAGCUCUCGGUUCAGGGUGCCAUUCAGACCCUCAACCGGGAGCCCGAGAAGCCCACCCUGGUGAUCGAGCACCGCGAGGCGAACGCCAGCAUCGGCGGCUCGGCCAUUCUGGAGCUCCAAUGCAAGGGCUUCCCCAAGCCGGCGGUGCAGUGGAAGCACGACGGUGAGGUCAUCCAGGUGGACGACAGGCACAAGUUCAUGUACGAGGAUGAGGAGAGCAUGUCGCUGGUGAUCAAGAACGUGGACACUACAGACGCCGGAGAGUACACCAUUGAAGCCAUCAAUGAACUCGGCCAGGAUGAGUCGACCAUUAACUUGGUGGUUAAAGCUCCUCCCAAAAUCAAGAAAGUCACGGAUAUUACCUGUUCCGCCGGCGAGACCAUCAAGAUGGAGAUCGAAGUGGAGGGCUUCCCGCAACCCACUGUCCAGGUGACCAACAAUGGCAAGGAUGUGACGGCCGAGAGCAACGUUAAGAUCUCCUCGAGUUCCAUUGGCAAGAGUCUGGAGAAGGUCGUCGUCGAGGUGAAGGAGAUCAAGCUCUCGCAGGCGGGCAACUACUCCAUCAAGGCCACCAACGAUCUCAGCCAGACGUCGGAGUACUGGAGCUGUACGGUGAAGUCGAAGCCGGUGAUUGUGAAGCACUUCGAGAGCGAGUACAUCCACGGGGAGAAGGAGCACGUCCAGAUGACGGUGCGGAUCGAUGCCUAUCCGGAGGCCAAAUUGAUUUGGUACCAUGACGAGACGGAGAUCAAGAUAACGGAUGCGAAAUACACGGUUAGCAGCGAUGGCAAUGCCUACACGCUGAAGAUCACCGGAGCCACUCGUGUGGAUGCCGGCAAGUACACCGUGAAGGCCACCAAUGAGCACGGAUCGGCCACCAGUUCCACUCAGCUGCUGAUCAAGUGCACUCCCGAGUUCACCCAGAAACUGAAGAACAUCACCGUCGCCGAGGGCGACUCCAAUGUGGAGUUGGUGGUGGGUGUGGACGCAUAUCCUCGUCCCCAUGUUAAAUGGUACAUUGAUGGCAUUGAAAUCGAUGAGAAGAGGAACGAUUUCCGUCACGUGGAGGAGGGCAAUAACUUCAAGCUGAUCAUGAACCAGGUGGCCACCAAUAUGCAGGGCAACUACACCUGCAAGAUCAUGAACGACUAUGGAAAACUGGAGGACAACUGCGUGGUGACAGUAAAUUGCAAACCCAAGGUCAAGCGUGGACUCAAGAACAUUGAAGUCCAGGAGGGCAAGUCCUUCACUCUUGAGGUUGAAGUAUACAGCGAACCAGAGGCCAAAAUCAAAUGGUUCAAGGAUGGUCAUGAAAUUUAUGAGGACGCCCGCAUUAAAAUCUCCCGGGACACCCAGCGCAUUGAGAACUACUAUCUCACUUUGAAUCUGGCCAGAACUGAAGAUGCGGGCACCUAUGAGAUGAAGGCCACCAACUUUAUUGGCGAGACCACCUCAACCUGCAAGGUUGCCGUUUUAACUAGCGACUCUUUGUCUCUGGGACAGACCGUAACAAAAACUAUGAUUGCGACGACUGAAGAACCUGAAGAAGGGGCUGUUCCUGAAAUCGUACAUGUCGAUGUCUUCCAGCAGCACAGCUACGAAAGUGUGCCCCUCAAGUAUGAAGUCAUUGCCACAGGUAUUCCCAAACCAGAAGCAAUUUGGUAUCACGAUGGAAAGCCAAUUACGGCCGAUAAGCACACUGCUAUUACUGUCGAUGGGGAUCAUUAUAAGCUGGAGGUGCAGUCGCUUGAUUUAGUCGAUGCGGGAGAAUAUAGGGUGGUUGUUCAAAAUAAGUGCGGCGAGAAAUCGCAUCAGGGGGAUCUUUCCCUGUCGGGCAUCGCUGAAUAUCGCAAGCCUAUCCUGACCCAAGGACCUGGACUGAAGGACAUUAAGGUCAACAAGGGCGACAAGGUCAACGAACCAGUUGUGUUCACCGCAGAUCCUGCUCCUGAAAUCGUCUUACUCAAGGAUGGCCAGCCCGUCAAGGAGAGCAAUAAUCUCAAGCUGAAGGUGGAAAAGAAGGACGCGGAGAAUGGAUUGGUUCAGUACACUUGCACUCUGAACAUCUUGGAAGCUGAGAUUAAGGAUUCCGGACGCUAUGAACUGAAGGUGAAGAACAAGUACGGUGAGCUGGCCACUAGUGGAUGGAUCGAUGUGCUGGCCAAGCCGGAGAUUUCUGGCCUGAAUGAUACCAAAUGUCUGCCGGGCGACACCAUUUGCUUUGAGGCUCUGGUCCAGGCCAAUCCGAAACCGAAGGUUUCCUGGACUCGUGGCAAUGAGAACCUGUGCAACAACGAGAACUGCGAGGUCAUCGCAGACGUUGAUGCCGAUAAGUAUCGACUGGUCUUCCAGUCCGUUUCCCCCAGUGAAGAUGGUAAAUACACCAUCACAGCCACGAACAGCGAGGGAAGGGCCACGGUGGACUUUAAUUUGGCGGUGCUGGUGGAGAAACCCACCUUUAUUGUGCAACCCGAGAGCCAGAGCAUCCACGACUUUAGACCCGUCUCCACCAAGGUUCUGGUGCACGGUGUUCCACUGCCCACAAUUGAAUGGUUCAAGGACGACAAGCCCAUCAACUAUGAGGCUAUUAACAAGCCCAGCAAGGACAAGCUGUACGGCAAGGAGGACACCAAGAAGGGUACCGACCAAAUCGAAAGUGUUUUCGACAUCAAAACAUUCAGGGAAAACGAUGUGGGAGCGUAUACUUGUGUGGCCACCAAUGAAAUCGGAGUGACCAAGGCCCCCUUCAAGUUGGCUUUGUUGGCCCUCGCACCCAGCUUUGUGAAGAAGCUGGACAAUGCUCUGGAUGUGCUGCAGGGUGAACCUCUGGUCCUCGAGUGCUGCGUGGACGGAAGUCCCCUGCCCACCGUUCAGUGGCUCAAGGAUGGUGAUGAAGUCAAGCCCAGCGAGAGUGUUAAGAUUUCCACCAAUCCGGAUGGCCUGGUUAGGCUGGAGAUCAACAGCUGCCAACCCAACGAUUCGGGAGCCUACAAGCUGAUCAUAUCCAAUCCUCAUGGCGAGAAGGUGGCUUUGUGUGCGGUGGCUGUUAAACCUGAGGAGAUGCAGCCAAAGUUCCUGAAACCUAUUACCGGCCAGACGGUCGUGGUGGGUGAACCCCUGAAAUUGGAGGCCCAGGUCACUGGAUUCCCGGCGCCAGAGGUCAAGUGGUACAAGGAUGGCAUGCUGCUGCGCCCAAGUCCAGAGAUUAACUUCAUCAACAGCCCCAAUGGUCAAAUUGGACUAAUCAUCGAUUCUGCCCAGCCUCUGGAUGCUGGAGUCUACAAGUGUCUGAUCGCCAACAAGGGCGGCGAAAUCGAGGGCGUGUCCAAGGUGGAGAUCGUGCCCAAGGAAUCGAAGCCUGUCUUCGUGGCCGAACUCCAGGAUUCCUCCAGCAUUGAGGGCUUCCCCGUGAAGAUGGACAUCAAGGUGAUUGGAAACCCCAAGCCGAAGCUCCAGUGGUUCCAUAAUGGUCACGAAAUCCAGCCCGAUCCAAGCCACAUUGCCAUUGUGGAGAAUCCGGACAAGAGCACCAGCCUGAUCAUCGAGAAAACGGUUCCCGGUGACUCGGGUUUGUAUGAGGUGAUUGCCCAGAAUCCCGAGGGAUCGACUGCCUCCAAGGCCAAGCUUUAUGUGGCUCCCAAGGCCGAUGAAACCGCCACCGAGGAGGCUCCACAAUUUGUGUCCGCUCUGCGGGAUGUUAAUGCCGAUGAGGGUCAGGAGCUGGUGCUCUCUGCUCCAUUCAUUUCGAACCCAAUGCCCGAGGUGAUUUGGUCAAAGGAUGGCGUCACUCUGACUCCCAACGAACGCCUGCUGAUGACCUGCGAUGGCAAGCACAUUGGACUGACCAUCAAGCCGGCUGAAGCCGCCGACUCUGGAAACUACACUUGCCUGCUGGCCAAUCCGCUGGGCGAGGACUCCUCCGCCUGCAACGCGAAUGUCAGGAAGGUCUACAAGCCACCGGUGUUCACCCAAAAGAUAUCCGAUCAGCAGCAGGUGUUCGGCAACAAUGCCAAGAUCCCCGUUACCGUUUCCGGUGUUCCCUAUCCGGAUCUCGAGUGGUACUUCCAGGACAAGCCCAUUCCCAAGUCGGACAAGUACAGCAUCAAGAACGAUGGAGAUCAUCACAUGCUGAUCGUGAACAAUUGCGAGAAGGGUGACCAGGGUGUCUACAAGUGCAUCGCCAGCAACAGGGAGGGCAAGGAUAUCACCCAAGGACGUCUCGAUAUCGUCAAUGAGAUUAAGAAGCAUUCGCGAUCGGAGCCACCAGUGUUCCUCAAGAAGAUUGGCGAUUGUGAUAUCUACGAGGGCAUGGUUGCCAAGUUCACGGCCUGUGCCACGGGAUAUCCAGAGCCGGAAGUCGAGUGGUUCAAGAACGACCAGAAGCUCUUCCCCUCGGACCGGUUCUUGAUUGAUAUCGAGCCGAAUGGCCUUCUCAGGCUGACCAUUAAAAAUGUUACCGAGUACGAUGUGGGCCGCUAUUCCUGCCGCAUUUUCAACCCAUACGGAGAUGAUAUUUGCCAUGCUGAGCUGUUCUACGAUUCUCUGGAUAGCCAGCAGAAGCCCUUGGAAGACCAGUAUACCGAUUUCAAGAAGUACAAGAAGUCCGGUGCUCCUCCGCCAUUGUCGGAGGGUCCCAUUAUAUCUCGCAUGACCGAUCGCGGAUUGCUCUUGUCAUGGAAUCCUUCGGUGCCCUUAACUCCCCGCUAUCCUAUCACUUACCAGAUCGAAAUGAUGGAUUUGCCAGAAGGAGAUUGGCGCACCCUGAGGACGGGAGUUCGCAGCUGUGCCUGUGAUAUCCGUAACUUGGAACCUUUCCGAGAUUAUCGAUUCCGAGUGCGAGUGGAGAACAAGUUUGGUGUGAGCGAUCCCAGUCCCUAUACCCAAACUUACAGGCAAAAACUGGUACCAGAUCCACCGAAAACUUAUACCUACCUGCCACCAGGCACUGACUUCAGGCCAGAAACUUCGCCCUACUUCCCCAAGGACUUUGAUAUCGAGAGACCUCCGCAUGAUGGUUUGGCACAGGCACCUCAAUUCCUGCUGCGCGAGCAGGACAUCAGUUAUGGAGUCAAGGAUCACAACACGGAGCUGAUGUGGUUUGUCUACGGCUAUCCCAAGCCCAAGAUGACUUACUACUUUGAUGACAUGAUCAUUGAGUCGGGUGGCAGAUUUGAUCAGAGCUACACUCGCAACGGACAGGCCACGCUCUUCAUUAACAAAAUGUUGGAUCGGGAUGUUGGCUGGUAUGAGGCUGUGGCCACCAACGAACAUGGAGAGGCCAGGCAGCGGGUGAGACUGGAGAUUGCGGAGCAUCCGAGGUUCCUGAAGCGUCCCGAUGAGACCUUCAUUAUGUCCCGCAAAAACGGAAGAAUCGAGGCCAAGUUGGUGGGCAUUCCGCUGCCAGAAGUGCAUUGGUUCAAGGACUGGAAACCGAUUGCCGAGUCAUCCAGGAUUAAGAUUAGCUCCUAUGACCCUGACAUCUACGUGCUCUCGAUCCACGACUCGAUCAUCAAGGACGGUGGCUUGUACUCCAUUAGUGCCAGAAACAUUGCCGGCUCCAUUAGCACUUCGGUUACGGUGCACAUCGAGGAGAACGAGGAUCAGUAUAUCUACAAGACCUACGGCAGACAUCCGUAUGUGCGUUCCAAGCAGUUGCGCUACCAGGACAAGUACGACAUUGGAGAUGAACUGGGUCGUGGAACUCAGGGAAUCACAUACCACGCUGUGGAGCGUUCUUCCGGUGACAAUUAUGCUGCUAAGAUCAUGUACGGACGACCCGAGUUGCGUCCGUUCAUGCUGAACGAACUGGAGAUGAUGAACACGUUCAAUCACAAGAACCUCAUCCGUCCCUAUGACGCCUAUGACACCGAUCGAAGUGUAACGCUGAUCAUGGAACUGGCUGCCGGUGGAGAGUUGGUCAGGGAUAAUCUCCUCAGACGCGACUAUUACACGGAACGAGAUAUUGCCCACUACAUCAGGCAGACACUGUGGGGCCUGGAGCACAUGCACGAAAUGGGCGUGGGUCACAUGGGUCUUACGAUCAAGGACCUCCUGAUCUCCGUGGUCGGCGGUGAUCUCAUCAAGGUGUCUGAUUUUGGACUGUCGAGGAAAAUCAACAGGCACAAUCUGUCGACCCUGGACUAUGGAAUGCCCGAGUUUGUUUCGCCCGAAGUGGUGAACAAGGAGGGAGUCAACUUCUCCCACGACAUGUGGACCGUCGGCCUGAUCACCUACGUGCUGCUCGGCGGUCACAAUCCAUUCCUGGGCAUUGACGAUAGGGAAACCCUGACCAAGAUUCGCGAGGGUCGUUGGGACUUCAAGGACGAGAUUUGGACCCAUAUCUCGGACGAUGGCCGUGACUUCAUCAGUCGAUUGCUGCUCUACAGUCCCGAGGAACGUAUGGAUGUGAAGACCGCUCUGAAGCAUCCCUGGUUCUUCAUGCUCGAUCGCCAGGUCUACGACCAUGACUAUCAGAUCGGAACCGAUCGGCUGCGCAACUACUACGACCACUUCAGGGACUGGUAUGCCAAUGCCUCGUGCAAGAACUACUUCCGCAGGCGCCGCUUGAGCGGCUGCUUCCAGCACCCGUCCAAGAUGGUCUAUCCCCCGGGACACGUCUACACGCCGGAGAACACCCCGGAGCCCCUGCCGGAGCCGAGGAUCCGGGCCAAGCGCGAGGAGGUGGUCUCCAAGUACUUGCAUCCCGACUACGAACUGGGCCUCAUUCAAUCCGAGAGUCACUACCAAUAUGGACCCGACACUUAUCUUCUGCAAUUGCGUGAUGUCAACUUCCCUGUGAGAUUGCGAGAAUACAUGAAGGUGGCCCAUCGCCGUUCGCCUUCCUUUGCCUUGAACGAUUCAGUGGAUUGGUCGCUGCCCGUGAUCCGCGAGAGACGUCGCUUCACCGACAUCAUGGACGAGGAGAUCGAUGACGAGCGCACCCGCAGUCGCAUCAGCAUGUACGCGGCCAAUGAAUCCUACUCCAUCAGGAGAUUGCGCACCGAAUUGGGACCCCGUUUGGAUGAGUACACCGAAGCGGAUGCCAUGAUCGAGACCCAGCGGGAGGGCUACCCGCCCUUCUUCCGCGAGAAGCCCCAGACUAUCGCCAUAACGGAGAACCAGCCAAGUCACAUCCACUGCUUCGCCGUGGGAGAUCCCAAGCCGUGUGUGCAGUGGUUCAAGAACGACAUGGUUCUGUCCGAGAGCAAGAGGAUAAAGAUAUCGGUGGACGAGGACGGUCGCUCCAUCCUGCGCUUCGAGCCGGCCCUGCACUUCGAUGUGGGCGUCUACAAGGUGGUGGCCAGGAACAAGGUGGGUCAAACCGUGGCCCGAUGCCGCAUCGUGGUGGCCACUCUGCCCGAUGCCCCCGACUCGCCGGAGAUUUCCGCCAACAGCGGCACCGAGAUCCUGCUCCGCUGGAAGCAGCCACGCGACGAUGGCCACUCCACGGUCCUCUGCUACAGUCUGCAGUACAAGCUGAGCAACUGCGAUGCCUGGACCACGGUGGCGGAUAACAUUGACCACGAGUUCUAUCUGCUGCACGAUCUGCAGCCCAAUACCAACUAUCAGUUCCGCUUGGCCUCGAAGAACCGCAUCGGCUGGAGCGAGAUGGGCAUACCGGUGGCCGCGUCGACGGUGGGCGGAGAUGCCCCCAAGAUCCACAUCACCAAGGCCAUGAAGCAUUUACAGCAGCUCACCGAGAACGGGCAUCAGGUGAUUCCCGAGGAGGAGCGCGUCCACACCGACUACCAUUGCGAGCGGGAGCCGCCCAACUGGGUGACCGAUUCCUCCGUUAGCGACAAGUACAGCUUCAUCUCGGAGAUUGCCCGGGGCGAGUUUAGCACCAUUGUCAAGGGCAUCCAGAAGUCCACCGACACGGUGGUGGUGGCCAAGAUCCUCGAGGUGACCGACGAGAACGAGGACAAUGUGGUCGCCGAGUUUGACAACUUUAAGACGCUCCGCCACGAACGAAUCCCGGCCCUAUUCAGUGCCUAUAAGCCAUUGAAUGUGCCCAUUGCCAUCUUCGUGAUGGAGAAGCUCCAGGGCGCCGAUGUGCUGACCUACUUCAGCAGCCGGCACGAGUACUCCGAGCAGAUGGUGGCCACUGUGGUGACCCAACUGCUGGACGCCCUGCAGUAUCUGCACUGGCGUGGCUACUGCCAUUUGAACAUCCAGCCCGAUAAUGUGGUCAUGGCCUCCGUUCGCUCUAUCCAAGUGAAACUGGUCGACUUCGGCGCCGCCAAGAAGGUCAACAAGCUGGGCAUGAAGGUGACGCCCUGCGGAUCGCUGGACUUCCAACCGCCCGAGAUGAUCAACGAUGAGCCCAUAUUCCCGCAGAGCGACAUCUGGUCCCUGGGAGCGCUGACCUACUUGCUGCUGUCCGGAUGCAGUCCAUUCCGCGGCGCCGACGAGUACGAGACCAAGCAGAACAUCUCCUUCGUGCGUUACAGGUUCGAGAAUCUCUUCAAGGAGGUCACUCCCGAGGCCACGCGAUUCAUUAUGCUCCUCUUCAAGCGUCAUCCCACAAAACGACCAUAUACCGAAGAUUGCUUGGAGCACAGGUGGCUCAUGUCAUCCGACUACAUGGUUAGGAAGCGUGAACGUGCCAUCUUUUUGGGCAGCCGUCUAAAGACGUUCUGCGAUGAAUACCAUGACCUAAAGAACGCCACGGCUACGUCAUCCAAGGUUCUGAACACGGUCGCCGGCGGACCCACACCUACUCAACUACUUCGAUCGAAUAGCAUCCAGGAGGAAUUGCUCACAACAUUUUAGUCAAUUAGUUCCGAAGUAGUGUUAAGAGAAUGUUGUUUUUAUUUCUUGUAUAUAUGGAAUAUGAAUAAUUAUACAACAUCUAAAUUCUAUAUAUAUAAAUAUAUUAUCUGGUUAAUUAAAACGAAAA